ACCAAAAUUUAUUACGAAACUCAUCUAUCUAUUAUGCCCUUUAAAGAACCUUGAAACCAUCCUGAGGUUUCUUUUACACCAUGUUUUAAAACACCACUAGGCCUAUCCGACUUUUUGAAAUACAGUAAUAGUCGGUCAUUUCUCUGUGCUUUCGAUGCCCAUUUGAAUGAAUUAUACCAACCGAACAUUAAAAAACUAAAAACACCUUUUUAAUUUAUAUUAUACACAUUUGUAUAUUUUUUACGUCGUGAGCACCGAAUGUAGAAAAUGUUUCUUGUCUCAAUGAGUAAUCAACAUUUGGAUCCCCACCCCCUCCACAAAAUAUCGUAUUGGCUCCCUCGUUGAAUUGUUUCAAAGCAAUAUUAAAUUGCUGUGGGGUUAUAAAGCCUUUCAACUGGGCCUAUCAUCAAGAAUUAGUAUAUUGUAACUAGCAUUCUGCAAUAAAUUAUUAAUAUUUAACAAAAUAUUUUUACGUAGGCCGAAGUCAAUUCUACGAACAGUAGUAGGUGUAUAUUGUAGUGCUAGUAUCAGUAGGCUAAUCUUCAAAAUAGAAAGUUUGCUUGCAUUCAUUAUCAUUAGUCUUUCUAUAGUAGCUACAACAACCGAAAGAUCCUAGAUGUCUAGUCUAGCUUCCUCGUAACAUUCAUGCUACCUAAAAGGAACAAAGAGUGGAACGAUUUUUUCCUACAAAACUCGGAUCAUCGGCCACCAGUUGAGCAAAAAGUUUCAUUCCGUCUACAACCAGUUGGAACUAAAGCCAGUGACUCGUCGGCGGCUACGGUAUCAACUCGACCAGACGAUAGGCCAUCAGGGAAGCUACGAUUUGGGCCAUUAGAACGUUCAAGAAUCAAAGAAUUGCGGAAUUAUGAUGCAUCAACUAUGCUGAAAAACUUCCAACUACCUUUGAUUUUUCGAAAGCAAUAUUACCAGAGUAAAACAACCUAUUAUCCCCCUGGGUUUUUGCCGCCAAUUCAUAGUGCAUCUAAAUUGCGCUCACCGCUAGCAAAAACAUCUAAAGUUGUCAGCAUCCCGCCUGUGGAACGAAGAGCUACAGGGUUUAAAAGUCUGAAAUGCAGACUAGAGGCAAAAGGUGUGCAUGUAAACGCACCAGGUUCUGACAACGAAACCAGAAGGAAAAUUAAUGAUAUAGAAGAACAUUAAACAUUGUUUGUGUAUUACGUCCUAAAUCUGUAGCAUCAACACAAUACUUUUAUGGAUUUGCAUAUCAAUAAUCAGAAAUAAACUCAAUCAUCAAUUCCCA